AUGCCGAGUGUGAUGCAGAAUUACGAGGAUCUGCAAGCGGAGAUGCUUUCGGAUUUGACUCUUUCACUGCAAGGAAUGAAGAAGUUGGUGGUGGGGUCACCGCCGUCGGCGCCGAGAGAUGUGCAGGAAUCUUCCGCUGGGGUUGAUGGAGGUGUUUGUGCGAUAUGCCAGGAAGAGUUCGAGGAUGGAAACGAGGUAAGGAUCACGGAGUGUGGUCACAACUACCAUCUGAACUGUAUCUGCAGAUGGCUUGUGUCAGAGAAGCAGCAUUACCCUAUUUGUCGAGUUGAGUUGCUUCUGCACUCAACAGUGUAA